UUUCUUUCCUCUCCCCGCAGCGCAGGGCUGUAAUUUGCUGAAGGAGGCAAAGAACAUCCUUCGAUCUAAGCAGGGCUUUUAGUGUGCUCAUUGAUGAGUGAAAGUCGCCACACAUGUCAAGCUAAAGGCAGUUGUUGGGUUACUAACAGGACACAACGUCUUGCAAACAUAUGCGUUAAGCUGUGUAUACAGAUGGCAGGGAGAAGAAUGGAGCAGGCGCCUCUUAUAAAGCUCUAGCUGCUGCCUGUCUCCAGACCUGGGAAAUGAAACUAUUCAGACUCAGGGCCAGAUAGCGCCUGGGAUUGUUUGUUACCGUUUUAAUCCUAUUAAUUAAAACGUUAACCUGAUUGGGUAGAAAGCUCUGUCCCAACAGGCGACUCUUCCUCAUAAUAACCUACUCUCCGAGAUAAUGAUGUAAAAGACUCCCCCGUCCUCCGCCGCCGCCGCUGCUGCUGCUGCUUGAUGGCUCCGGAAAUCUCUUGAAGGUGAAUCCAAGCAAGAUAAACGGUAGAAGCGGUUGGGCUGGCAACGCACAAUGCCCCAGCGAGGAGCCUGCUGAGGGCGAACCGGAGCCGGAGCUGCAACCGGAGCCACAAACCGAGCUCCAGUCACCGCCGGAGUCACCGGAGCUAUCCACCGGAGCAGGAUCAUCCGCGCCGCCGGGUACCGGGAGCAAGCGGGGAGCGAUUUGUGAGCAGCGGGGACUCCCUCGGAGCCGCUCGCCGAGGAAAGGAGCCUUGGAGCAGCGGGCCGGGAGCUGAGGGGGGGCGGAGGAGGAGGAGGAAGAGGAGGAGGAGGAGGCGGCGGCGAUCGGGGCACCGAUGGAGCGGGCGCUGGGGCUGCCCGCAGAAGAAGACCUCUUCCACAAGAGCCUCGCCGCCUCGGCCAAGCGCAUGGAAUCCGCCUUCCGUUCACCUCCGGGGCUCGACCUCUCCCACCCCCGCGACCGGCAGCCUUCGCCUCUCGCUUGCUACGAAGCGGCGGAGCCCGAGGGGCUGUUGACAGCCGGUGUCGGCGGGGACCCGCUGGCUCUGCCGCCGGGCUCCGUGUGUCUCAAGUACGGCGAAAGCACCAGCCGCAGCUCGGUGGCCGAGAGCAGCGGCGGCGAGCAGAGCCCCGACGACGACAGCGACGGUCGCUGCGAGUUGGUGCUGAGAGGAGCCGGGGGGGACCCGCGAGUGGCUUCGCCGGCGGCGGGCGGUGGCGGAGGUGGGGGGGGCGGCGGCGGCGGCGGAGGAGGAGGGGGGCUGAAGGCGAGCGAGGGCGGCUGCUCCAACAGCCACGGGCACGGCGGCAGCAAGAAGUCGAAGGAGCAGAAGGCUCUGCGGCUGAACAUCAACGCGCGGGAGCGGCGACGGAUGCACGACCUGAACGACGCGCUGGACGAGCUGCGGGCCGUCAUCCCCUACGCCCACAGCCCCUCGGUCAGGAAGCUCUCCAAGAUCGCCACGCUUCUCCUGGCCAAGAACUACAUCCUGAUGCAGGCUCAGGCCCUGGAGGAGAUGAGGAGGUUGGUGGCUUAUCUCAAUCAAGGUCAAGCUAUCUCAGCAGCUUCUUUACCCAGCUCGGCGGCGGCGGCAGCGGCGGCGGCGGCCGCGCUUCAUCCCGCCCUCGGAGCCUACGAGCAGGCGGCCGGGUACCCCUUCAGCGCCGGGCUGCCCCCCGCCACCUCUUGCCCCGAGAAAUGUGCCAUUUUCAACAGUGUCUCCUCCAGCCUCUGCAAACAGUGCACGGAGAAGCCUUAAGUGAUGCCGCUGCCGUUGUCCCCCUCGCUGCCCGCAGCCGCCGCGGCCCCGGGGAGCGGCGACAACUGGCGGCCGGGAUCCGGACCGGGAGUAGCAGAGGGACUGAGAGCUGCCCCGACUCUGUUUCCCUCCCUCCGGCCUCGCCACGCUUCUUUCUUCAUUUCCUCGGGACCGCGAUGGCAGAGUGCGGGCGGCACCGGGAAGGGGGCGCGGGGGGACCGAGGGGUAGAUGCUUCGGCACCGGGGGUGCUGGGGAGGAGGCUGCUUUUACCGGCCGCCCUCUGCUCGUCCGGACAAAGGGGAGGCCGCGGAUGGGCUGGGAGCUGGGCUUAGGAUGGGGAGAGGGACGCAGAGCAGCCCCCCAGCCUGGAUCUGUCUCCCGGUGAGGGAAAGGGGCCGGGAUUGGAGGUGGAUGGGACAAAUCAGAGAGGGCACUUGAGCAUAGAUGAUUUUUUAAAUUAUUAUUAUUAUUAUUAUUAGCAGUAUUACUAUUAUUAUUAUUAUUAUUAUUAUUAUUAUUAUUAUGAGCCAGGAAACGAAACAAACUUGAAAUGUAAACUUAUUAUUUAAAGCGACUCGCAGAAACAAAGAGACUCGGACCAUUGCUUAUGAGAAGACUUCGUAUUUUUUAUGGUCUCCAAACUUUGAUCCAGUGAAAGUGAGCAAAGUUCGGUGAGAGUGAGGUUUAAAAAAAAAAUAAAUAAAUAAAAAUGAGAGAGUUAAAAAAGAGAGGGGGAAAAAAAAGGACAAAAAAAGAAAUGACCAAUCUACCCCCUCCCUCCCUCCCUCUUCUGUGUGGCUGAAAGUAUCGCAUUUAUAUUUAACAAGGGGGGGGGGAAGGAAAAAAAAAAAGAAAAAAUGAAAAAGGGGAAAAAAGGGGGAAAAAAAAAGAGAACUAUUUCUGUGCACCUUGUUUCUUCCCACUCUGCAAUGAUGUGUAAACGAGACACGCUAUUUAUUUGUUCUUCUUUCACUUUGACCCCUUCCACGCCAACAGUAUUUAAUCCUGUGUUAAGGUCACGGGGGGGCUUCUGUGCGGUGACUUUAAAAUGCUUCUCGAACUCCUGGUGAUGGAUUCACUUAAACCUGUGUGCCAAGUGGUUUUGAGGAAAAAAAACAAACGUUUCUUUGCCAACAAAUAAGCGGAACUGUUGCUGUAGCCGAGCUGCUUGGGUUGAUGAAAGGUCACCUGGAUAUUAUUUUUCUUUUUUCAAUUAUCCUUGUUAUUAUUAUUUAAGUUGCAUCAUCCCUGUAUUUAAAUUGAGCUUUAAUAAAUUGCUUCAGUCCAAAAAAAAAAAAUACCCACAACAAGAAUAGGAGAGAUGUAUUCUUAACUGCUCAACCAACCGCUUUUCGGAGAGGGCAUCCUUUUUGCUUUAGGACAGGGAAUAGCUAUUAACUUUUCCAAGGCAUCAUCAGGAGCAGUAGCUGCUAGAGGAAGACUUUGCCCAGCCAACGUUUUCCCAGGCGUUGUUUCUUUAGAGGUAUCACUUCACCCGCUUGUAACGUGUGUGUAAAAUUCUUCUGGCUGUGGAUGAUUCUUAAAGUUGAAAUACUUUAAAACGCUUUAGGCUGAUUUA